AAGCAAGUUGCAACUCGCCCAGGCAUUCAGGAUGCAAUUCUCCUCUUUCGUCCUCGCUCUCUUCGGUUUCUUGAGCACCUUGGUCACAGCAAGCCAAUGCACCGGCCAUAAAGAAAACGCCGGCUACUGCACCGUCCUCACCUACGAAGACCGCACCACCCUCAACACCUCCCCGCCCUCAACAUCCCAAUGCGAACGAUCCUGCAAGGACGUCCUUACUGAUGCUGGAGACUGGAUCGUGAGUUUUAAUGGCAAGCCGGCGGGAUACGUGCAGCACAUGGUCAAUUCAGACUGCAGCUUCAGCGUUGGGAGGGGAACGGGCGAGCCGAGUGAUUACCAAUUUUAUAUGGAUAAUCAAGACAUUGUGGAUAUUAUUGAUGAGGUUAAUGUGAGGUUCGGGGGAAAGCAUGGCGGGAGGGUUUCGGCGCAGGGGACGAUGAAGUGCCAGGGGAGGUUAGCGACGUGGUAUGUAGAUUGAUCAGAUGAACGAGUGUUCUCGUAGGCGGUAUUGGAUAUUGGCAAGUUGGAUACGUUGUCUCUUGUAUCAUAUAAGAAGGAAUCGGCUGG